AUGGGCCCCAAACCGGGCAAUGACGGAGGCUCGGCCCCCAAUAACAAGCGCAAAGCUGGCGGCGGCGGCGGCGGCGGAUCACAACCUCAGCAGCCCGGCCGCAGCAACAAGUUCCAGCAACGACGCGCCCAAGUUCAAGCUGCCCGCGUCAUCCCUGCCCAGAAUGCCGACGCGGCCCUCAGCAAGGACGGCGAGCUUGACCUGCAGGCCUUCGUGGCCGCCCACGAGUUCGAGAUCCGGUCGCUGGAGCAGAGCAUGGCCACGUCCAAGGCCGCAGGGACGAGCAGGGCCUUCCAGCAGGUUCCCCGAGGUCUGCGCCGCCGAACGGCCAGCCACAACCCCAAGCGCGUUCCGAAGCGACUCAGAGCACGCGCGCUGAGGGAGAUGGACGAGGACAACACCCCCACGGUCGAAUCCCGCAAGCGCAGGCCCGGCACGACGAGGGCGAGGAUACGUGCCGAGACGGCAAAGAAGCUUCGCGUGCUGGCGGCGCGGAAGAGGAAGAAGAAGGACAAGAAGGAGCGGCAGCAGGAAGACGGGGAUGCCAUGGAGGACGAAGACGGCAAGGUCACCGAAGAGCGCAAGGAUCCUGCUGCGACCAAGACCCCGAGACCUCCCAAAAUCCGCCGAAACGCCCUCAACGACCCGCCCGAACCCCCCUCCCGAUUCAAGAAGAGACAGCUCAACAAGACGUGGCUCCCCACACACGCGUGGCAUGCCAAACGGGCACGCAUGACGCCCCCGAAGGAGCCGCUCUGGGGCUUCUCCAUACCCACCACGCCCAACGAGAAGAUCUACAGGCCCGUCCACAGGGCGCAGGGCGACCGCGGCGCCGUCGUGUGGGACGUGAGCUACGUGAGCACCAUCGGUCUAUACGGUAACUCGGCCGGUAUGGAGAGGGUCCUACGGCGCAUAGGCGUCUCUCAGGAUGCCUGCUGGAACAACAAGGGGAGGAAGUGGCGGGCAGGAAGCCGGAGCUGGUCGGGCAUGCUGGCGAGAGCGACAAAGGAUGGCGGCCGACGGCAGAUGUGCCCAGGGACCAUCUUCUGGAACCCGGCAGCUGCCGAAGAUGAAGCACAGCGUCAGCGUGAUUCCGCCAAGACGGGGGGAGGGGCCCAGGAGGGGAAGCCCAGGAGAGAGAAGCGGGAACUGUUCAUAAGGGUACACCCAGCAUCGUUCAAGGAGGUUUUUGACGAGCUCCUCCGCCUGGCCAAGAUGGAGACACCGCAGCUGUACAUCGAGGACCUGCGCUACCAGGUGGGCAGCAUCGACAUCUCGGGCCCGGCAUCGACAGAAGUGCUCCUGUCCGUCCUGACGCCCUACGCGACCAAGUCGAAGCCCAAGACGAAGCACGCAGAGCUCUUCCAGUCCCUCAGGGGCCUGACCAACCCGGGUGCGCUACCGGACCGGGCCAUGCUAGGCUUCUCCAUCCAGGAUCCCCGACUGCGGUAUCCGCCGCGCAGGCCGACGGUGCCCGAGGGCGAAGAUGCAGAGAUGAGCCUGAUGGAGACGAUAGCCUCAUGGCCGGCCGAGGACGGUCUGCGACCGCACGGCAUAUUCGACCGGCAGGCCCGCCACUCGGCGUCCUGCCUCCCCUCGCAGAAGGUGAUCAACCGGCGUCGGCGCAACGCCAGUCCGGGAUCCUUCCUGAGACCGUGCCUGGCCGAUCCGGCCAUCCCGGUGGUCCUCCUCGCCAGCCGCUCCGGCUCCGCCACCCAGUCCCAGGGCACCUGGACCCUCCUGGCGCCGUGGGCGUGCAUCAUGCCGCUGUGGUACAGCGUGGUCCGCUGCCCGCUCUCAUCGGGGGGCAACCCGCGCUUCGCCGGCCUGGCGGAGACGCGCCAGGUCGCCUUCGAGAGGGGCCUGCCGUGGUUCCCCGCCGACUUCCCCGCCACGGACGCCGGCGUCCGCUGGGAGCGGGAACAGAGGGCCAGGCGCCGCAAGACGUGGGGCCGCAGGCCGAAGAGCAAGAGGAUCGAGUGGCACAGCGUGGACCUGGGGGCCGGCAGGAAGGGUGAGGUGGGCGACGGCCUGGCAUGCGACUACGAAUGCCUCUUUCAGCUCGACGGGGGCAACGUCCCUACAGGUGACGCCGGCUCCGAGGAAGCCAUGGACGUCGAUGCCGCCCCGCAACCCCCCAAGGAUGACCCCCUCUCCUCACUCAGCCAUGCCACCCUGAGCACCAGCAGCAACGGCGGCAGCAGCAGCCCCCAUUCCCUUCUGACGGUGCGCAUCUCCCUCCUAUCCCGAGGCACAGUCGGCCCCUGCGCAAGGAUCUACAGGCUACCCCGUGCACCGCCAGAGCCGGAGGCCGCAUCCCCGGACGUCCAAGUCCCCGCCACCAUCCCCCGGUCGUCGUCCCGACGUCUCCUGCCGCACGACCUACGCACCCAGUGGCUCAACCGUGCGGCUGCCAGCAUCACCGCCACUGCCAAGUCAGACGGCAACGAAGACAAGGUCGAGUACAAGGGCAAGCACAAGGAAGUAGACUCGCGUAAACGCCAACUGGCCAGGCGUCUACUCAUGGACCCACCGCAGCCGCUCGACUGGCCUAAACCGAACGUCGCGGACAUUGGAGGGCACCACCCCCUCGUCCCCGACGCGGAGGACCUGAUCGGCUUCGUCACCACGGGCUCGUACUGUCUUACCCGGGGGAGGGGCGCGGCCAUCGGCAGUGUUGCGGCCGAUAGGCUGGAGGGGAACAAGGCCGGUCGUCUUUGUAUUGUGCGGAAUGCGGGGGAGAAUGUCGGGUGGAUCGCCAAGUGGGAGGAAGCUGUGGUGUGA